CUGUGGCUUUGGAGGUUGUCCUGGAGCCAGCUCUUGUAGACCAGGCUGGUUUCGAACUCACAGAAAUCCACCUGCCUCUGCCUCCCGAGUGCUGGGAUUAAAGGUGUGUGCCACCAUAGUUUCAGUUUUUAAUUAUGCACUUGCUGAAACUUCAUUUUUUUUCCUUAAAAGAACAGUGUUUUAUGUCAUGACCCCUUUGACAAACCUCUAUUGUCAAAAAUAUUUGUAUCACGAUUUAUAACAGCAAUACUACAGUUAUGAGGUAGCAGUGAAAAUAAUUUUCUGUUUGGGAGUCACUACAAAAUGAGUUAUUAGAGGGUGGCAGCAUCAGGAAGGUUGAGAACCACUUCUAUAGAGAUUCCCUGUUGUUUGAACUAUGGCAUGAUUGCUGCACCUUAAUCUAAUGCUAUCUCAGCCAGCUAUUUCAGCCAGAUGCUAGCCUGCUUCUCUAGCAGUGGCCUGGCUGCUCAGGCCUCAGCCUUGAGAGAAUUCUGCCCCUGCAGGUACUGGCCCUGUCACUGACACUAAAGGUAGCCUUAGCUAACUCUCAUAAUUAUGAAAAAGACUAGAGAUUCAGAGGCUGGGGUGAAAAUAUGAUAGCUCAGAAAGAUUGAGUAGCAACUACCUGACCCUUUCUCCUUGCUGGUGUCCAUGGAGGACCCUUGCAUCUGUUUCUUCAAACCAGAAAAAGCUGCACCACUCCAAACGCCAUCCUACUACUUCCUAUGUUUCUCUAUCUCUCCAGGAUGCCCUCUGAAGCUCCAUGAUUACUUUCUGCCAACUAGUUGCUAGCUCAGCAUCCCGACCCAUGGUUAAUUUUAUUUAAUUAAUGCAAAUGCAAACUCAGGGUUUACAGUAGUGAUCUAAUGUCCCCCAACACUUCCCAUGUUUUUGGUUUAGCUGAAUGAUUCCCUGAGGAAUAACUUCUGCUUGCUCUGUGUUCCUCUCUUUUCUGUAGGUGUUGGUUAGAACACAAAGCUGUGGUUAGAUGCAGGUCUUUUUUUAUGCAUGAGUAUUUCAUCUGUAUUCUUUGCCUCAUUCCAUCAGAUGAUUUCAUCCCACAUAGUGUUUUCAGUUUCAAAUGGCUACAUUGGCUAAUGGGGUUAUUAACCUUGUUCCUAUCAAGCUAGCAUUCAAGUAUGAUUUUUGAGGUGGUUCUUGAUUUCAUUAGAACUAGGAGAAAUGAUGGGUUUUCUAAGGCUUUUUUUCCAUUUAUUAGCUUCAAUUUCUGCAUGAAUGAAAGCUGUGAACUGUUUGAAUAUAUUGACAAGCAGUUUGUACUGGAAUAAUGUAAUAAAUGCUUGAUUCACUUUCAGACUUAGAUGAUGUCCCACCCACUCCAAGUAAUGAUUAAUGAGUUUUCUUUUUUCUUUUUUUACAAACUCCAAGGCUUCAGUGUUAGGAAAUGGUUCAGUCAACUCUAGAUACUACUUCCCUCCAGAUAUUUAGCGUUCUUCAUCUCAAACUGGUGGAAGACCCCCCAAAGCUUAUCCUGCCUCCUGAUGUGAUCUCAGUAUUUGGUAAUUCCCACGUGUCUGCCAUAAGAUACACAAUUCCUGCUUGUAUGCUUUCUGGCUCAACCUGCAGGGGUUAUUUCCCCUCUCUAGCUAGAAAAUCAUCUAAUACCUCCUACCUUCAUCAUAAUGGGGAGGUGGGUGGUUUUGUUUUUAUGACACAACAAUUCUGCAAUUAGAUGGCUGGGGAGAUAUAUAAUAAGAAACUCCUCCAUCAUGGUCGCCUUUUCAAAAAUCAUGACUGAGAGAUUGUUGAUAAGAGCACUGAAGGGUGGUAGCAACACUAAGAUCAUUACUUUGAAUGGGAAGAAGAUGACAAAGAUGCCCUCAGCACUAGAAAGGCUGCCUGCUCUGAAGACUCUAGACCUGCGAAAUAAUCUCAUCUCCAAAGUGUGCCCAGAGCUAAGCACCUUGACUCAGUUGACAUUACUAAAUCUGGGAAACAACCUUUUAGAAGAAGUUCCUGAAGAAUUGAAAUACCUUACCUCCCUGAAGAAGCUUCAUUUAUUUGGAAACAGAAUUUGUAGAAUUGCUCCUGGAGUCUGGGAUGGCUUGCAAAAAUUGAUUCUGCUUAAUCUGAAUGACAAUCAACUUGAGAGUCUUCCUCAAGAAGUUGGCAGGCUAAGGAAUCUUACCUACCUAAGCAUCGAUCAUAACCAACUCACCAUGAUCCCUAAAGAGCUUUGUUCUCUUGAGAAUCUUUUGGAACUGCAUCUUAACUACAAUCAGCUCAUGUGCAUCCCUGAAGAAAUUAAGCUCUUGAAGAAUCUUCAGCAGCUUUUUCUGGUCAGGAACAACAUUGAAGUUUUGCCACAGGGACUUUGUCAACUUGAAAAACUAAGACUUCUGGACAUAGCUGGAAAUGUUAUUCAGAUAUUUCCAGCAGGCUUUCAGAAACUAAACCUGAGGGAGUUCUACUGUGAGGGAAAUCCACUCUUCUUGAAGCGGCCAAUUACUACCGAACAACCUAAAGACAUCUGGACUCUACGGGAAAUAGCAGCAAGAUUUGUCCUUUGUUUGUUAGAAGAAAACAAUGAUUUGAUUAUGAAUGCCAUAGAGUAUUAUCCAGAGGCCAAAGAAAAAAUCUCCAAGGCAAGAAAAUGUGCAUUGUGCAGAAAACCCUUUUUAUCAGAAUGGCUGGAAUGUGUCCAGUUUGUUUCCCCAUCAAAGAACUGGAAGAUAAGCAGAAACCUACAGCUGAUACCUCUUCGAAUAUUACUUUGUUCCCACGAAUGCUUUAGACAGCGUGGUCGUAAUGUCUUUGGAAUUGCUCAAGAGUAGAGCUGGCAAGAACUGGAGACCAGAGAAGGAUCUGGUAACACCGCCAUGGACUUCUCAAAUCUAAUUACAAUUUCUUACUCACAUAAUGUUGGGGUUUUGCAUCAUCUUUUACAAAAUUAGGCAUAUUUAAUAUUCAUCAGCUAUGUUGCUUAAUUUUGUUACAGGGUAUAACAAAAUUAUUUGAAAUUUCCUAGCAGAGUGAUUAUUUUCAGACUAGAAUUACUCACCAGGAGAAAUAAAUUGAUCUCAAGUUAAUUUGUUGUCUCUGCAUUUUAAAAGUUGGACAAUGAACAGAGUGACACAUAUCUGAUCAAGAUAUUUAUAGAACUAAAUGCUUUUAAUAAUAUGUGCAUUUUAGGUGUUAAUUGUUUCUAACCAAAUGAUGGUGUUCACAAUAUCUUUCUUAUUUUCUUGAUUAUGACAGUUUGCAGUAGGAGAUAGAAUUAUGAUCCAUGAUCUUUUGAAAUAGAUAUUUAUGGAAACUCAGUCUGUUAUGAAAUAGAGAACAGGUAUUUUAUUGCUGAUUACAAACUUUACUUUUUCACAAAAAGGUUCUUCAUUGUGUAAAAUGUUAUUUUUCAUGAUGAUAUGUUGCAUAUAGUGCCAUACUCUCUGCUUAGCACAUUGAAUUUUCCAGGCGCAUGCUAUGUGAUCAGUAAUUUUGGUUGGAUGUGUUUUGCUAAACUUGAGAAUCAUUAAAGAAAUCGAGGUGACACAACCUGGAGAGCAGAGUACUGGAAUGCUCAAGGAAGCAAGAUGAGAGGAAGAACCAGUGAAGAUUCCAGCCAGACAUGCUUCAUUUGCCUGUUCUGCAAAGCUGUGUUGUCUGCUAAUGAAAGAUGCACCUGCCUCCCUGUUCCAGAAGGCUCCUAGGGAAGCUUUAUUCUGAUUGAAAUGCUUGGUUUGUUGUUUUGUUUUUGUUUUGCUCUUUCUUUCUUUCUUUCUUUCUUUCUUUCUUUCUUUCUUUCUUUCUUUCUUUCUUUCUUUUUUAGGAAAAGUCAUUUAGAGAAUACUUAGAUAAUUGAGUGAGGUGCUCUCUUGGGACUCUUUAGUUGUGUGAUUCCAAGAAAGCUGGUCAUUACCAACAAAUUAAGGCUUGGCAGUUCUAGCCAAGAAUGCUUCUUAGUGUUCACAGGGAGGAACUGAAGUAUAUUAUGAAUGAGUCCAAGUUGGUGGAGAGAGCUUGGGGUUUCCAAGAUAUUUCCUCAGUCUUGUCUGAUUUUAUUUAAUUAAAAUUUCUUCUUUUGGUAUCCUUUUGGGACUCCUAAUGAAGAAGAAACCAUCAAACAGAGGCUAAUUCAUUUCAGCCUAGUUAGGUUCUUUCAAUAAUUCAACACAAGUUGAGCCCAGAAGGGAAGAACAGGAAUCCCAAAGGGGAAAUGGAGUGAACUAUUUGGCUGCUGAAGACAGAGUGUGAAAGGAUAGUAGGCAGCUUCCCCCUUAGGGUAUGCUGGAAAGAACUCUGAAACCCUUAGUCUUUUCCCCCUAUGUUAAUAUGUUCCUGAAAUUCUCAAAGGCAGAGCAACUUUCCCCGAAUCACAGCAUACACCAGCAACACAGCAAAAAAACUCCCACUUGGUUUACUUGGAUGUGUUACAUUCAAAUAUAUCUGGCUCUUUCUCAGUGAGUUCCCAGAGUGCUACAGCUCUUUUGCCCAUCAUUGCCUCAGAAGUCCUGUUACAGCUUCGGCCUUCCACAAGAGUUUGUACUCCCCUAUCCUCAAGCUCUCCUCUUUUCCAUCAGUCAGGGAUAUUCUAAACUUGUAUUUUUAGAAACAAUUUCUUAUAUAAAUACAUUGAAAAUUGUAAUAAGAAUAGAUUUAAUGGUGAUUUUCUGUAAACUUUGAAUUCCUUUUCAUAUUUAACUUACUUUAAUUUUUUCUCCUCCAAUACAAUUUGCAAUUCUCCAAAAGUUCUGGUAAUUGUUCUCUCUCUCCAAAACUGACAUCUAAGCCUCACACUGUGGAGGUCAGAAUUUUAUUUUGGAGCUCAUGAGCUCCAUGACUUCACUGGCUUUAAUGAGACCUGUUGGUUAUGAGACAAACUUUUCUUUGAAACUUUUGCUCAGUAUCAAACCCACUAUUUUUAGGAUGGGCUUCCAAAACCUUCACUGAUUGAUUGCUUUCUGCAUUAGGGGCUUCUCACUGUCCAUGUGUUUCUGUGUGCAUGAACAUUCUAUAACUCUGCUGUUGUGUUCUGUACAUGUGCUACAGAUACAGAUGGAUCUGUAAGUGAUGGGCACCCGUGUUCACCUCCUUUUCAGAUUCAUUAAAUAUCUGGUCCAUUCUCAAGUCUCCCGAGGGAACAGAGAAAAUAAGUGUUGAAAUGUUGAAUGCUUUUAACUGAAACAGUCAAACCUGGAUGAGAAGUCUGUUUUAUUUUUUUUCAGAUGGGAAAUGAUCAUGUUUGAAAGCAAUCUUCUAUUCAGUGACUAGACAUUGAUAUUGCUAAGCAGUCGUCAUACCUCUAUUCAAUGUUUUCAGAUAUAUUCAACUUGAAGCUCACUCUGAGGGAGCUAUUAUUUUCUGCAACUGAUUCCUAGACAAACUCAAGAAGCAUUGCCUAAUAUUUUGUGUUCUUAAACCUUCUCAUGGUGCUCACUGGUGCCUUGCAAACAGGCACAGCAUGAACCUAUGUCCGGGUUUCUCACAGCGCCUUUGGGCACUAAGAACACUGGCUCCAUUCAAGGGUCUGGGGACUUCUGUAUGGAGGGAUUGUGUCAAUGGUUCCUGCCUCUAGUCUUAGUGGAGUUCCAGAAGCCUUAAACAUGAACACUGUGAGAAAAGGAGGCCUUCAAGAGAUUGGAAGAAAUGUUAGUGGAAGUAUAUCCUUGCUCAUAUGUAGUGCUGACUUCAAUAAUGCUUGCAUGCCUUUUUUUUUUUUUUGAGACAGUGUUUCUCUGUGAAGAAGCCCUGGUUGUCCUGGAACUCACUCUGUAGACCAGUCUGGCAUUGAACUCACAGAGAUCUGCCUGCCUCUGCUUCCCAAGUGCUGGGAUUAAAGGUGUGUGUCACCACUGCCCAACACACACCGUUUCUAAUAAACUAUGCAUGUUCAUCUCCUCAUGCAUUCCUGUCAGGAGGGAACUUGGAAUUCCCAUUAGGCUAGGGACAUUGUGAAACAGGGUCAACUAUGGAAAACUUAUGAAAAAUUAGGUGAAGGGAAGUCUGGGAUGGAAAAUAAAAACACAAAGGGCUGCGAGACAGAAAUAUGAGCUAAUUGAAAAUCAUUGAGAAUUUAGAAACACCUAAAAAAGGACUGACCCUUUAAAGGGAAUGUUUCUCACCUAUUUUUGAUGUUUAUAUUCUCACAAGCAAACUCAGGAAAUACUUCUACUAGUCAUUGAUUAAUAAGUCUCCAGCCAUCAGAGUUGAUAUACUACCAGUUUCAAUGCAAAGUUUACUUAACUGUUGAUCACUACUAGCCCAUGGGAUUCUCAUCUAGAAUAUUCUCAUGUAAGAAAUACAUUUAAGUUGAGCCUAAGUAAAAUCUUCCCCAGAGGCUACUUGGGAUCCGUAGCUACUCUUUAUAUUUUUGGAAGUGCAAAAACUCUGCUCUAUUCAUUCCUCUCUAAAAACACAUAAUCUCUCUUGUCACUGAGAAGCCUUCAGGACAGAAGCCAUAAUAAAAUGUCGAGAGUAGACAUUGGUCUUAAGUUAAUACAGAAGCAAAAUUUGUACUAGAAUAUUUAUAUAUCCAUUUAGCUUCUGGAUUCCACCUGCUUCCAAAUCACAUAGUUUCUUGACAGUGUGAGAAAGAAAAUAGAAAUUGCUUACCUAAAUGUAAGGGAAAAAUUGAAGCUGGUAAUUGAGAAAAACCUCAAGCUUCAUGUUUUCCACUCUGCCCACAGCUUAUUAUUUCUGCCAGUUUUUAGACAAUAAUACAAUUAGUAAAAAUGGAGAAAUCUGAAGUCCAUGCGGCUAGUUCCACAGAUAAAAUCUUCCAGGUAACAGAAGUAGUUUUCUUCAACAGAAAGGUAGACUGUAAAGGGACAGUAGGUAAUGCAGAAGGUACUAUGCCCCUGCGUUGGUGGACUAUGUGCUAUCUUGAUGAGACAGUGCAAUGAGUUGAUGCAGUCAAUACUGUAUGGAAGCUAUUGCUCACGGUUGAGCUACCCAAGUUCAACAAGUUCUGUGUGGAUUAAGCCUAAUGUCCUUUAAAGCAGGUGAUUGUCGUUGCUCAUCAUUGGCUUCAUAGCCACUAGGUGACACUGUUGUCUCAAGAGUUAGUGUUGGAAAGCACCAGGGUCUUUUCAAAGGUUUCAUUUUGUUCUUCCAGACAAAUUUGCUGGAGAUCACAAAGCCGAGAAGUAGCAGAAUUAGAAUUCAAGCCUUCAUUGGUGCUAUGCCCCCUCACUGAUAGAAGUGGUAUCUGGUUACAAAGCAUGCAAGUGGAUAGGAGAGAACCUGCACUUUGCAAUUGUAUCUCAAGUCCAGUUUACUAUACCAUGAUACUGGGGAUACACAUGUAAAUUGUGUUUCGAAAAUGACUUCUCCAAACUGCAUGUUCAGUACAAAUAUUUGAAUUUCAGAUUAGCUACAAAUUUCGUAAGUACAUCACAAAAUUUCAUGAGACAUUCCUGCCAUAAACCUAUUCCUUGUGUUUUUCAAAUUUUACUAGGCAUGUAUUUUACAUUACCUGACAAUGCCACCUUAACUAUUUUCUAACUAAUCUGGGAAGUUUAACUUCACUGUCCUUCACUCACUGUCCUUCUGCUCUGUCCUAGGUAUUCUCCCUUCUCUCCAUUUCCCUUGCUUUCCCGUGUGAGCAUACUGCCAAUGGCCUUAAGGGCUGCUGUUGCAAUUCUGUCUUUUAUACUUCUUCCUGUCUCUCAAGCAAUUCUCUGUCCAUCACCCAUGUUCUAGCAUCAUUUUCACUCUUUUUCUGUCAUCCUUUCACAUCUGAUAUAACAAUUAUAUACUUCUGUCUUAAAAAUCUUCCAGCUGCAUUACACUUACGGAAAGAGUAGUCAUUAUGUUUCUUAGCAGUCUUUUCUCUUCAGCCAAAUGCAGUCUGUUUUCUUUAGCCAUUACUAUAGUAAAACUGUUUUACUCAAGGUCACUUAGCAACUUCUUAGUUGUUAAAUUCCAUGCUGCUUUAAUCACCUAUAUUCUCUUUCCUAAUCCCUCCCUUUUAAAAGUGUUCCAUGUCAAAUCCUUUACUCAUAUUAUUUCUCUUCAUAGUAUUUAUCAUGAAUUCUUUUCCCCUUCUUGUGAGUGAUUGCAUGAUUGCUGAUUUCUCUCAUAACGGUAUCAUUAAAAACAAAAUCACAUGAAAUGUUCCUCAUUAACACUCUUUGAUUGGCACUGUUCAUGAAUCUCUCUACUUUAGGUUUUCAACCUGAUUGUACUGUCAACUGAAGGAAUAAGUUUCUUUAGACUUGUAUUCUAUUUUUCCUAUUACUUUCUUGUGGUGGGAUUACCUUUUCCUUCUUGGAUUUAAAAUUCAUUUGGUAAAUGGUAGUCACCAUAUUAGUAUUGGGCUGUGCCUGUGAGAAUGGAGACUGAGUGAAAAGAAAUGCUUUCCUUAUCUCAUGCGUAGAGUGGGUCAGCAUGUUCAUAGACGGACUUAUUGAGGACUGUCAUAUAGUCUUUAUAUUCUCAUCUUGGAGCAUUUUCUGUUCAGUGUACUGACUAGAAUGUAGGAAGCUUCAUGCAUGCAUUGCACCAUAUUCUUAAUUUCAAUUAUCAACUCUUUGAAGGCCAGUUUAGAAUUUGAGCUCUUGGCACUAAGUUUUAAUUACUGUUAAAAUCUCAACUGUGUUAAAUUUCCUAAACUAUAACAUCUGUCUCCUCAUUAUUGGGACUUUGUAGGCUUGGCUUGUCUAUAGAAGUUCAUAGAGAGCUGAUGUUAUAAAACAUUCUGAUCAUCCUGGACUCUUAUAAGACAUCCAAUCAGAACAAUGGCUUCAAAUAGUAAGAAUGGUUAUGGAAUAGAAAAUAGAUUGAAAUUACCCUCUGAGUACAAGUUAAUAGAUACCAAUAACAUUUUUUCUUUGUUUCUAGAAGGAUUGACAGGUGUAUGAACAAUGGGGGUACUGAACACAUUAAUUUUUUCUCACUUUGACACUAGUCUCAAAGUUCACUAAACUGUCAUUUUCACAGAUUGUACAGAGAAUCACAAUUUGUUAAAAGUGAUUUAUAGAUAAAAUGAGAGAGAAUAUUUCUGCUAACUCAAUUGUUUAAAUUAGAACUCCCAGAACAAUAACCAUAAAUUCACACCAUGCUUGUGGCCACUCCCACUAAUACCUAUGCCAGUCACCUUUAAAAGGUUAUGCAAAUUUUUUACCGAAUAUGAUUGAUUGCUUUAGAAUUUAUCUUGACAUCAUAUAUUCAUUUGUUCAGUUUAAGAACAAAUUCAUUUGCAUUGACACAGAUGGAAAUAGAUUUGAGUUCUCAUUAACUUCAGAGCCUAAGUAGAUAGAUUUACAGAAAAUUACGAUCUAGGUAAGAUUGUUCACCCCAGGAGAAAAUUCUUCAUUCAAAUUGAAUAAUAAUGGGAAACGAGACCUUUUUUGUACUAUUCCUUUAUGUAUUAAUGUUUAAAGGCAUAUUAAAACCUCAGUUCAAAACGGUUGAAAGUCUCAAACAUGAUUCAAAUUAUCUUAGCAAGUGGUGAAAGAAAUUUGUGAGAGCUAACAGUUAGAAUUUAUCAAUGCCUCUCCCAUGUGCCAAGCAUUGUCCUUGGUGCCCACUUAUCUAAAUGUUCCUUUAAAAGACCUUGAGACGUUGGCAUUUAGCUUCAGCUUUUCUUGCCAAAGCUCUGCUAGUUGGUUGUCUGGCUCCAUAGCAUAGCACUUCAAAUGUUCUUUCUUUCUUUUUUCUGUAUGCUCUUUUUGACAUGAAUAAACAGCUAUAUUCCUUGUAGGUUUAUUUAUUGCUUGAGCAGAUGAAUUUUUACUACCAGUAAUAUAUGGGCUAUUGCAAUUAAUAUUGCAAUUCAUAUGCAAUGUAAACUUUGAAAUGUCUAGUGUAAAUUUCAGUUGUGCCAUUAAUUAAUGAGGGAAAUAAAAUAUCUGGUGCUUUACUUAUUUGCUCUUUCUAGAAAUGAAUGAAAUUCUCUGUUCAAGAUCUAAAAUGUACUGAAUUUUUAUUGAAUUAAAAUGGCUUGAGGACUUCUCUAUAUUUUAAAGCUUUAUUUAUUUGUUAUUUAUUUACUUUUAUUUUAUGUAGAUGUGCAUGUGCCUGUGUAAGGUUAUGUGAACCACAUGCACGGUGUGGUGCCCGGGGACCUGAGAAAAGGGCAUCGAGUCCUCUGGAGCUGGAAUUAUGGGCAAUUAUGAAAAUCUUCAUGUGUGUGCUAAGGAAUAAGAGACCAGUAGUUCUCUUAACCAUCUUUCCAGCCUCUAUUUCUCUCUCUUUCUAUAUGUAUGUUGUGCAUAUUUAAAUGAUCGGUAAAAUCAUUUAUGCUCUUUAUAUAUUACUUUAAUUUCACUGUCACCCAAUUUCGCUUCUGUAGACAACAUGAGUCCUGAGAGGUUCUAAUUAUUGUUUUAAGUAUUGUUUUGGGAGUUGUACAUUACUUAUAGCUCAUGUCUGAUUUAUGUUGCCAAUUGUGUAAUAGAAAUUGUCAAGUAAAAACAAGCUCAAAAGAAAGAAUAUAUUUUGUGAUUUUAAGGUCUCAAGAAAGUCUAACUAUGAGUACUCUAACUAUUUACUAAAUGACCACUUAGUCUAGAAAGCUAGACAUCAUGAAAUGUUAAGUCAACACACAGAGGCAGAAGUGAAACUGUUCAAAACAUGAAUUUAUUGUAGAUCUGGGCUUAUGUAAAAUUUGAUCCAGAAAAAUCCCUUUGGAUCAUUGGAAAAAUAGCUGCAAUAAAAUGGCACCAUUAAGAAUGAUUCUUUGCAACAAACAAACAAA